AGACAUCUCUCUCUUCUCUCUCUCUCCUAAUUUCUGCGAACUUUCGGUACCAACUUUUUCAUGGUAUUUUCCUUAGGGUUAGUGUCUUCCUCGUUCAUAUUAUCAAUUAUUUAUACGACCCUCCUUCUCAACUAGUUGUUUCUUUUCUUUUCUUUUCUUUUCUUUUCACUUUACCCAAUAUUUACUUUGCCCAUAUCCCAAAUUCUCCACCUUCUCUCCAAUCGCACUCGCAAUUCGCAAAUGGACUUCAAUCCAUGGUCUCUUCGUUCCUCUGCCGCUGCUGCUUCCAGGCGUUAUCAUUUGCCAUCUGGUUACAAGAACCCUGAUGCAUUUGAGGCUUUAUUACCCUAUCUUGGCAUUGAUCAGACGGAAAUUGAUGUGUAUGCAGAUCUGUAUCAUGGAGGAGGAGGAGGAGGAGAAGAAAUUCUUGUCGAAGAGGAGUUGAGACCAGAGUUUCUCUGCCCUUUCUGUGCUGAGGAUUUCGAUGUCAUCGGUCUAUGCUGUCAUAUGGAUGAGGAGCAUGCGAGUGAAGUAAAGAGAGGGAUAUGCCCAGUCUGUGCAAAGCGAGUGGGGAUGGAUUUGGUCGGCCAUAUUACUGAUCAGCAUGCAAGUCUUCUAAAGGUUCAGCGCAAGAGGCGAGUUCGCAAGGGUGGAUCCACUCUAAAUCUUUCUUUUUUGAAGAAAGAAAUGAGGGAUGGAAACUUUCAAUCGCUUUUAAUGGGAUCAUCUAACAUGCUUCCAUCAUCCAGUGUGGAAGCUGAUCCACUGUUAUCCUCUUUUGUGUAUAAUCUACCACUAGUUGAGGAGGCUCCUUCAUCAAAACCUGAAUCCUCUAUAGAAGGAAGCUUGGCAGAGGGCGUCAUAGUUGAGGAGUCUUCGGAAAGGAACUCACACCAGUCGCCAUUGUCAGCUAAAGACCAAGAAGAGAUGACAAGAAGGUGCGAGUUCAUUCAAGGACUUGUGAUGUCCACUUUCCUUGAUGAUAGUUUAUGAAUUGUGAUGAUGAGAGUAUUAUGUAAACUACCAACUUUGUGUAUAUAUAAGGAAUUGUUGCGAAUAGUUCUUAGGGGAAGAGGGAAAUGAUGAAUCUGCGCAGUAUAUGUUUAAGUGGAAAACCUUUCUAUGCAGUUUUCAAUGUAGACUAUUAUAUACUAGUACUAGUAUAUUGCAUGUUUAUUUAAUAAAUUAAAAUAAAUUGAAGAAAAGCAAGUUUUCUUAUAUACUAUCAAGUGGAAAUUGAGAUUGUCUGGAAAAUGUUAAGUUGGAUUUCACUUUUUCUUUGUUUUUUUAA